GGAUAGAGCACCAGCCCUGAAGUCAGGAGAACCUGAGUACCAGAGUUCAAAUCUGGCCUCAGACACUUAACACUUCCUGGCUGAGUGAACCUGAGCAAGUCACUAAACCCUGAUUGCCUCAGGGCUGGGGGGGAGGGGAAGGACCAGAAAAGAAACCAAUUGUAAAUGUAGUUAUUAAAAUAUUUUUAAAAAAACAGGAACGCACAACUAAUGUGGCCAAAAUCAGAAGGGAAAGUAGAAAACUGGGAAAACAUUUAAUAGUAAAUUUCUCUAUUAAAGGGCUCAUUUCUCAAACUGAGCCAAGUUGAUUUAAAAAAAAAAAAAAAGCCGUUCCUUAAUUGUAAAUAAUUAAAAAGAUGUGAACAGGUAGUUUUCUGGCAAAGAAACAAAGCUAUCAAUGUAGUCAUGAAAAAAUGCUCCAAAUCAUUAAUAAUUAAGAGAAACAAAACUAUGAGGUACCAUCUCACACUUAUUAGAUUAUCAGGUAAUAUGAUUGAAAAGGAAAAUGACAUGCUAGAGGAAAUGGAAAAACUCUAUCUAUGGAUAGAGUAUUGGGUCUUCCAUCAAGAAGACCGGACCCAGUUCAAAAUCUGGCUUCAGAUAACUUUGUAGCUUGUGACCCUGGACAAGGAUCACAAACUUAACUUGUUUCCCUCAUUUCCUUAUCUGUUAAGUGAGCCAAUGAAGUAAAAGACAAACCAUUCCGGUUUCUUUGCCAAGAAAAGCCCAAAGAAAGAGAGUCAUAAAGUGUCAGACACAACUGAGCAAGAACAAGAACUACUGGGGACUGUGGAUCAUAACCAAACAGCCUGUCCAACUGCCAUACCUCCAAAACCAGCGGUAGCUCUGUAUCCCAUAGAGCUCAAAGAAUAAGGGAGGGGACCUAAACAUCCAAAACAUAGCUCUUGUGAGAGCAGAGUUGGAAAUUGAAGAGAUGUCCUUGCAUCGGGGAAUGGCUAAACAAGUUGUGUUAGACUGAAUUACCAUUGUCCUCUGAGAAAUGGAGGAGGAUGCUUUGAGGAACAUGUGGAAGGUCUGUGACCUGAUGCAGAGCGGCCUGAGACAACGAGCCACACCUCCAGAGAAGGGAUGCAGAUUGAAGCGAACCUUUUUACUUUUUUUCUUGCUUUUUUUGGGCGGUGGGAGAGGUAACGGCUAAUGUGGAAAGAUGUUUUUCGUGACUCCAUGUAUAUAAUCGAUAGCAUGUUGCUAUCCUUUCCAAAGGGUCGGGGAGCCGGAGAGGGGAGAAUUUGUAACUUAAAGGAAAAUGUUGAUAAUAACCAGCUGAAAAAUAGAGCACAUGUGCACCGAUGCCAGGUUUAAGAACCCUAGGGAAGGUUAGACCUCCAAGGUCUCCGCCCAGCCCUCAGCACUCAAGUGUUCCCAGUCAAGAAGCUCGGAAAGGGGAGAGAACUACACUUCCCAGGGUCCUCGGCGGCGGAAGCGGAAGCGGCGCGCCCGGCCGGUCUAAGUUCUCAUGGCCAUGGGGCGCCCGUGGGAGAAGCUGCUAAACCUGGCGCUGGGCUGCGGCGGUGCCGCGCCUCCCCUCGAAGGCCCCGUGCUUCGCCGCCCGUGGACCCGCGCAGUGCGGCGCUGGCUGCUGCGGCCGCCGGAGCCCCCGUAUAAACACGUGUGCCAGGUGGGCGAGCCGGCGCUGCGGGCAGUGGCGGCGCCCGUGGAUCCGGCGCAGCUGGCGGGGCCCGAGGCGCAGGCGCUGAUUGCGCGCCUGGUGCGUGUGAUGCGCGCGCGGGGCGCCGUGGGGCUAAGCGCGCCGCAGCUCGGGGUGCCGCUGCAGGUGCUCGCCCUCGAGUUCCCCGAGAGCCUGCUCCUCAGCUAUCCCCCGGCCGUGCGCCAGGCCCGCCGCAUGGCCACCAGUCCUCUGCGCGUGUUCGUCAACCCGCAAGUGCGCGUGCUCGACUCCCGCCUCGUCUCCUUUCCCGAGGGCUGCCUCAGCGUGGCGGGCUUCGUGGCGUGCGUGCCGCGCUGCCAGGCGGUGCAGAUCGAAGGGUUGAAUGAAAAUGGAGAAUCUGUGGUAUGGCAGACAAGCGGAUGGCUUGCCCGGAUUAUACAGCAUGAGAUGGACCACUUGCAAGGCUGUCUCUUCAUUGACAAAAUGGACAGCAAGACUUUUACAAAUGUACGGUGGAUGGAAGUAAAUGAUUGAAGUCCUUAUCUCCAUCGCAGAUUCGGAAAAGGCAUCUUCCAGUAACUAUACCUUUAGGCCAGCCGGGUUUGAAGUACAUCAUGUGUGUGGCCUACGUUCUGCUGAUCACAAUGGUUGGUAAUUUAUGUGCUGAUUCAAGAAAUACUUCUAAUGAAAUUAGUGCUAUGGGCAAAAUAUUUGACCUCCAUUUUGAAAAGCAAUAAUUAUUGCUUGGAUUUAGCUAAUAAAAAGGGCGACAUGUAGUGAAUAAAAGGCUUCCCUUGGGUUAGGAAAAUCUGGAUGUGAAUCUUGGCUUUGAGAAUAUAGCAGCUGCUUGACCAUGGACAAGUCACAUAAAUGCAUGAGCCCUCUAAACUGAGACACGGACAUGUUGCCCAUAGCCUUUGGGAAGGGAUUUUAGACACUAGGAGCUCCACAAACACGAAAUUAUAAUUCCAAAUAAGAAUAAAAAUAAACUUAUUGAGUGGAUAACACAA